UUCUUCUACUGCAUAUCUAUAGAUAUCCCAUAUUUAUCAUCAAGGCAGGAGAAACUCCACUUGCAUUUAUCCUUCAUACGAUUUCAUACUUCAUAAAACCUAUCUACAGUCACUAUCUACAUCCAAUAAAUGUCAUCUACAACCAAAAUGGACAUGAGAAUGGACGUCAACUUCCUCAUCCAAGACCCCAACGACACUGGCAGCCCUAUUCCAACCAGUAUCGACUUCACCAAAGAAGACUUCAAUGCCGCUGUCCAGCUUCAUAAUUACUGGAACGAUGCGUGGGCGCAGGAUCUCGCGAUCCGCGAGACAAACCCGGAUACAAACACAGAUGAUACCAUGAGCGAAGUCGUCGAGUCUCAUUCAGAAGUCACGGCCAUGGAUGAUGACAUACCUAGUUUGAGUUACUCUGUUGGGUCUCAUGUCGAAAGUCCUUCUCCAGCUGAGAAGGUCGAUGGGGAGAAGUCGACCCCGAAAAAGACGCAGGCUCAGAAAAAGGCCACUGCUAAACCCAAAUCGAAGGGAAAUGCCUCGCAGAAAUCGAAAGCUUCGAACAAAUCCACCAAGGCGGAGAGCAAGUCGAAGACGGAGAAAGCCUCUAGUGCAGCAAGCAAGGGCAAAGCAGCAACGAACUCCAAAGCGUCGAACGCCAAUAAGAAGCAGGCGAAACCUAAGUCUGUCACAAAGCCGAAGAGUGACAAGAGCAAAGUGACGAAGAAGGGGAAAGAUGAAAAGAUUGCAAUUUCUCCCAGAAUCAAACUUAUUCUCAAGCCGGAAUCGGAGUCAGAGCGCUCUACCUAA